UGGCGUUCUCAGAGGAUGGCAUCUCAGCUUCCCCAGCUGCAUUUUAAUGCGAAGGGGGAGUUUCCAUCAAGGGGCCCUUGCUGCAAGUGUUGAGUUGUUUAGGCUUCUGAGUGUCAGAGACAGAACACAUGAAUCUGAAGACCAUCGACUUCUCUGACAGAUCAGCAUGGCUGCCGUGGACAUUGACACAUACCCCGCCGAGGAGAAAAGGACCCUAACUCUCGGGGGCCAUGUUGGUUUCGACAGCCUCCCGGAUCAGCUGGUUAGCAAAUCGGUGUCUCAGGGUUUCUGCUUCAAUAUUCUGUGUGUGGGUGACACCGGAAUUGGGAAAUCAACACUGAUGAACACUUUGUUUAACACCGUCUUUGAAACUGAGGAGGCUAGUCACUAUGAAAGCAAUGUACAUUUACGAGCCAGGACUUAUGGGAUGCAGGAGAGCAAUGUGGAUCUCAAGCUGACGGUCGUCGACACCGUGGGGUUUGGUGACCAGGUCAAUAAAGAAGAGAGCUUUAAACCAAUUAUAGACUACAUUGAUACCCAGUUUGAGAAUUUCCUCCAAGAGGAGCUGAAGAUCAAACGUUCACUCUUUAACUACCACGACACAAGGAUCCACGCCUGCUUGUACUUCAUCUCACCUACAGGCCACUCGCUCAGAUCACUCGAUCUGGUCACCAUGAAGAUGCUGGACAGUAAAGUAAACAUCAUUCCCAUCAUUGCGAAAGCAGACACGAUCUCCAAAUCUGAGCUUCACAAAUUCAAGAUUAAGAUCAUGAGCGAGCUCGUCAGCAACGGCGUUCAGAUUUACCAGUUUCCCACAGACGACGAAGCGGUUGCAGAAAUCAACUCCUCCAUUAACGCUCUUCUGCCGUUUGCUGUAGUGGGAAGUCAAGAUGAGGUAAAAGUGGGAAACAAGCUGGUGAGAGCCAGGCAGUACCCAUGGGGUGUGGUACAGGUGGAGAAUGAGAGCCACUGUGAUUUUGUAAAGCUCAGGGAGAUGUUAAUCAGGGUAAACAUGGAGGACCUGAGGGAGCAGACACACACACGUCACUAUGAGCUGUACCGCCGCUGCAAGCUCGAGGAGAUGGGCUUCAAAGACCCCGAAACUGACAUGCAGCCAUUCAGUCUGCAGGAAACCUAUGUGGCCAAGAGGAGAGAGUUUGUGGCUGAGCUGCAGCGCAUGGAGGAGGACAUGCGCCAGAUGUUCGUCAUCAAAGUCAAGGAGACGGAAGCUGAGUUGAAGGAGAGAGAGCGAGAGCUGCAUGAGCGCUUUGACCGAGUCAAGCGUAUGCACCAGGAGGAGAAGAAGAAUCUAGAGGAGAAGCGCAGAGAGCUGGAGGAGGAGAUGAACUCUUUCAACAGGAGGAAGAUGGCGGCAGAAACACUGCAGGCUCUCGCACUCCAGACCUCCAAAGACAAGAAAAGUUGAGUUAUUCGACAAAUGAAUCUUUUUAUCGUGACCAGAGCAUCUAAUGGAGCAACAUCUCAAUAUGUAAACACCUGCUCAGAGCUCACCUGAGAACUCCAUCUCCAUCCCCUAAUGUUUAUAUCAUCUUCUUAAUACUUUUACUGACUGAUGCUCACGAUAUGGAUACACCUUUUUAUACUUUAUUUUUUAAUUUUCCUUUAUAUUCCUCAGUCACUUCUACCACCAACUUUAUUGUUUGUUUCUUCCCUCCUUCUUUUCUUCCUUCCUUCCACACUUCUUGCUUUACAUUGUUUUUGUUUGUUUGUUUGUUUGUUUGUUUCUUUUCUUUUUCCCACGUGAUGUACAUGUUUACCCUGCAUCAGUGAAUGUACAUAAUCUGUGUGUAGUUCAUCUGAUACACAGUGUUGUUAAAGUGUUCCUGAUAUAAAACCAUUGUGUUUUUGAUGUUGAGUGAUGAGGUGAUUUUGCUGAACUAAACUGGUAUCUAUUAUUGGUAUAUGCAGUGUUACAGCGUGUGUAACAGUGUGUUAUAGUGUGCGUUACGAAGUGUUACAGAGUUUGUUAUAGAGUUUGUUCGAGUGCUUUUACCAACACUGUGUAUCAGAUGAACUACACACAGCUUUUGUUCACUCACUAAUAAGAAAUUCUGGACAUUUCUUUCCGACAUGUUACUGAUCUGGACUCCACUGUGUUUAAUAUUUUAUAAAUGUGUUCACACAAUGAUGUAAUAAAAGUUUCUGCUCACUUAUAAAACUUUGAUCAUUGAAGAAGGAGACAUUUUGUGACUGAUAUCUGUGCUUUUAUCAGCUGGUUAAUACUUUCAGAUCUCUGAAUGAAUGUUUUGUUUUGUCAAAUUUCUCUCCACUCAAAAAUCGUAAAAAUUGUGAAAUACAUUUGUAAACAUUUUACUAUA